CAACAACCACAGCGCACCUUUCCCCUCGCCCAAACCCUAAAAAAGAAAAAAAAAACUUUCCUUCGAUCCAAAGGAAAUCUCCAAACCCUAGCACGUCCUCCGCCGGCCCCCCCGCACCCCAUGGCGCAGCUUGUCCGACCUCGCGACCGCGACCGCUACAACCAACCAAAGCACCCCUCUCCCCUCUCCUCCCCUCCUCCGACGCUCGGAGGCGACCAGCAACCCACGUCCCUAUUUCGUCGUCCCGACCUAAUUCUUCUUCCCGACGGUCGACGAAUCUCUAUCUACGAAGAUAGGCAUGGAGUUCUCGUCACCGAUGCCCUCCGCUGGUCGACACGACCCGUCGAAGAUGUCUACAUGGAAGUCCUCUACGAUCUCCAGACGAGUCCGCGCGAUCUUCCACCCCCCAUCGCGGAGCCCGUCCCACGCCGCCACCGCGACCGAGAUGCCCACCAACCCCCUAUCCGAUGUAUUCUUCCUGACAAGCGAAUAAUCCAUGCCUACAAUGAUAGGCACGGGGUUCUCGUCACCGACGACAUGGACGGGUCGACACGACGUGUCGAAGAUCUCUUCAGGGAAGUCAUCUCCGACCUGCCCCGCUAUCGUCCACCGCCCCACAUGGCGAAGCCCGCCCGACGCCACCAUCGGUGGCGAUCCCCACAAACCCCUUCUUAUCCUAUGUCUUCUUCCUGACGACCGCAUAAUUCAUGCCUACAGUGAUAUGUAUGGGUUUCUCGUCACCAAAGACAUGAACGGGUUGACACGGCCCGUCCAAGAUGUCUUCAGGGAAGUCCUCUACGACCUCUGGACGAGGCCCCACGAUUCUCCACCGCCGGUUGUUGAUGCCACCGAGGAAGAUCAGACUGCAGCUGAACAAACGGCCACUCCAAGCCCUCAUCCCUCCGGAUGGCAAUUCAUCGAUGAUCUGCUGAACAGAGCUUCUGUUGCCCAAAAGCUGAAGCUGGCUCAAAUGCGUGAGGACAGAGAACCAACUGUCUUGGCCUCGAAGGAGCUUCUUGGCACUACAACACUGGAAGAGUCAUCAAUUACUAAUGCUUCGUCUCUGCUGCAGCCUACACUGCGUGAGGACAAAGAACCAAAUGUCUUGGCCUCGAAGGGGCUGCUUGGCACUACAACACUGGAGGAGUCAAUCACUAACGCCUCCUCUCUGCUGCAGCCUACACUGCAUGAGGACAGAGAACCAAAUGUCCUGGCCUCGAAGGAGCUGCUUGACACUACAACACUGGAGUCAAUCACUAACGCUUCCUCUCCGCUGCAGCCUACACCGUGCACAAACGAUGGGCUUUCCAGUUCGGAGAUUGCUAUAUGAGAUGCUCUUCACUGGCCAGAUGGCACGAGGAAGUAUUCUUCGAGAUCCAAUCCGGAUGAAGAUCAUAUGGGGCUAUUGAUUCAAGCUUUGUUGGACAAGUACAAUGAGGAGAAUAAUCUUUUGGGGGAUGAUGCAUAUAAUGUUGAAAAUGUCGUGAGCUUCCAAGAAGUUUAUGAGGGCAAAGGUGGCUGGUACUAUCAUCUGAAUUGUACUAGAAAGACUAAAGGUGGCGUCGACAAUCUCUUCUUUCCCGAAGUCUUGAGAAUGAAUAGAGGACUACAAUCCAAGCUCACCUGUCUCCAUAUGGUUAAACCUGCUGUUGAUAACGGUACAUGCUAUGGUUGUAAAAAAACCAAUGUUAGUAUGAAGCACCCCAUUGACGCUGGUAAAUACAAAGGUGGCCACGAUCCCUUGUGGCCACCACGGCUUUGCGUGGUUCUUCCACCGGAUUUGCCUGAGGGUUUUGAUGCUAAGAUGAAAGCUAUGGAGGAAAGGAUUAGAUAUCAAUUCCAGGACUGAUGUGUUGAUAUCGGAUGCUGGAAGAACUGUUGCUGCUGAUGGUUUGGACAAGAGCCAGCUGGGAAGAAGGGGCUUCCCAGCUGCUGAUGCUAGGAUUAACAAGGAAAGGAUUGGAUAUGUAUACGGGGACCGUGAUGUGGCAAAAUCGGAUGCUGGAAGGCCUGCUGCUGGUUUGGAGGGAAAUUGGGGCACGUACGUUAUACCGCCGAUGCGUCUGAAGGUUUGAGAAGAUGGACCUGCCUGUCUAUCAGUUUGGAAUUACUGUCCGAUGGUCUAACAAAAAAGUGGUUAUGGGACAGUUAAAGUUUUAUUUUGCAUGUCUUUGAAUCACGUAGCUGGAUCAUCGUUUUCUAGCAUGUGUGGUACAUCCAAAUAUGCAAGUAAGACGAAUUGCAAGUUUUAUUUUGCAAGACUAGCCUGGCGUAAAUCCAAGUUGUUAGGUUGGCUUUUAAACAGCGACGCACAUGUACAGCUCCCAAAUUUGGUCCUUGACCAUUCUUGUAUAAGAAACCCUUAAAUAAACGGCGAUGCACAUGCACCGAAUAA